UCGUUGCAGUUUUGCGAAUGGUCAGUACAUAGGCUAGUCAUACGUAGCUGUUAACAAUUUGAGUACAGUCGUCUCAUUGCCAAGUCACCAUGUCGACGUCAAGUGCCUUCAAGUCCAGUAAAAUUGUACCCGAUGUAGUAGAUUCACCACCCAAAGACAUCAUAGAGCUUAGUUAUCCAAGUGGAGCGAAAGUCGAACUUGGCAACGAGCUCACGCCGACCCAAGUCAAAGAUCAACCCACAGUAUCUUACACUGCUGACCCCGACUCAUUCUAUACACUUAUCUUUACUGAUCCGGACAAUUAUGACGGUCCCGAGCUCGUGUACCGCGAGUGGCACCACUGGCUCGUGGCCAACAUUCCCGGGAACAACGUGACGAAGGGCGAGGUUCUGUCCGGGUACAUCGGCUCCGGCCCCCCAGAGGGCACGGGCAUCCACCGCUAUGUCUACAUACUGUUCAAGCAGCCGAAGAAACUGAGUUUCGAUGAAAAGAAGCUUGAUAAUAAGUCGAUCGACGGCCGCGCCGCCUUCUCCACAAAGAAGUUCGCCGAGAAAUACAACUUGGGGGCACCGGUUGCUGGCAACUUCUACCGCGCACAAUUCGACGACUAUGUACCACAAUUGUAUAAGAGCUUGGGAGCCUAAAUCAUAUAUUA